AUGCCAUUUGACCCAAGAAUUCAAGGCCAGAGGCAAUCAAAACAUUCACCUAUAAUGCCUUUAGAGGAGUCCGAAAGUUUGAUUGCAACUCGAAGCAGAAGAUCUAAUGCUGGAUCAAGAUUGAAGUCUCUUCUUCAGGCUGAGGAAAUCUUGAACUAUGAUGAAGAUGAUGAAAACGUUGACUUAUUGUUCCAAGAGAAUGAAAGUGAUGAUGAAUUUAGCUUAAACGAUGAAUCCAAUGAUGAAGAAGACGGGGAAGUGGAAGAAGUGGAAGGUGAUGAUAACGAAGAAAUGGAAGAAAAUGAAAAUAGAGAUGACAAGGAAAAAGAAGGGCGAAUUGGUACUGGAAAUAAUCAACAGCCGAGAGGUACUAAGAGACAGUUAGAACAUGAAAAUGAUGGGGAGUAUGAUUCAGAUCAAGUAUUUAGUGAUUCAGAUGAGAGCUCAAGUGAAGAAGAACAGGAUACAGGUGAAAAAGAAUUACAGAAGCAAGAACGUCUAAAGAAACGGAAAGAUGCAAAAAAGAAGCACGCAUCCUUUAAAAUCAAUGGCCCUAAAAAAGAAAGCUUAACAAAUAAGAAACAGAAAAAGAGUCUAGAUGAUAGAGUCUCAGCUGAUUCUUUAAUGUCAGAGACUCGUCGCUCAUCCACAAGAAGAUCAGCAGUCCAGAAUAAAAUUGAAUUGGUGAACAAAUUGAAAGAAUCUGAAAAACGAAAAGCAUCAAUGAAACCAAGGCUACAAAAGGAAGUCCAUAUUAUGACUCAAGAAGAAAGAUUAUUGGAAGCGGUUGAAACUGAAAGGCAGAACGUGUUAUCAUUGACCCAAUUUCGAGAACAAGAGAUCAUCAAGAAACAAAAAAGAUCUCAAAUGAUGUCAGCCAAAAAGGAGUUAGUAAACGUGGUACGAUUUUUUAGUAACAUACAUUAUGUUACUGCGGAAGAAGAGGCAGAAGAAUUGAGAAUCUUGAAAAUACAAAACAAGAAAAAGGAUAAAAGAGGAAGAAAAUCAGAGAAGCAGAAGCAAAUAGAACUAGAUGAGUUGAAAGCGGAAGAAGAAUUUAGAAAGCUACAAGAAAGAGGAAGAUUGAUUGAACUAGGUAAAACUCUAACAGAAAUUGAGGAAAUUGAAAGAAAUAGAGAAGCUGAAAUGUUAAGAAGACGAGAGGAAGAGGAAGCUGCGAAAUUAAAGAAAGAACAAGAAGAGGAAGCCGCGAAAUUAAAGAAAGAACAAGAAGAGGAGGCGACGAAAUUGAAUAAAGAACAGGAACAGGUCGAAGGAAAAGGAAAGGAUAACACAGUAAAAACUGAGGACAUUGCCGAAGAGAACGAUGCCAAAGACGAGGGAAAUGGAAAUCAAGUGGAUUUCAAAGAUCAGAAAAACAUUCCUAUUCAUCCAGAGGCUGAGAACUUCAUGGGAGAUAAGGAUCAUUCCAUGAUGGUUGAUACUGAAAGCAGAGAAAACAAGAACAAAGAGGACGCUGGUUUAGAUAAAGAGAAUGAUGAAGCGAUGUUGGAUGAAAAGGAAAAAGAUGUGAAUAUGGCAGCUGAAGAUCUCAAAGAUGGAACUUCAAAAAUGCUCGACGAGAAAAUAAAAAGUGAAGAACAUGAUGAGAAACUGGACGCCUGCUUAGAAGAGGAGAAACUACUUGAAGCUAAUACGAGUACUGAAGUGAAGGCGAGUGAUACAAAACAUGAACCAAUUGAAAUUUCCAAAGAAACGGAAACGGAGAAAGGAGCUGUAGAUGAUCGAGGAGAACUAGAUAAUGAGAAAAAAGUAUCGUUUGCUGACAAUAUUCUUACGAAUUUGCCAGAACUAGAGCCUCGCAAGCAUGAAGGUCCAGCUCUCAAGGUGUUCAGAGAUUAUUUGAUUUUAGAGAAUUUUGAGGAUCCUAAAGAGCUUUCAAACCCGAAAGAAGUUAAGUUAAUGAUACUUGGGCCACAAUCUCUUUGGCCUGCACAGCGUCGCUCCAAUAAAGUUGAACGUAUUAUACACAUCAAGUCUUCCUCCGCUACUGAUUCUCAGCUUGUAACAACCAGUAAGAGCGAUCUUUUUAUACCUUAUGCUGAGCUUAAACAUAGCGAAUUUGAAGAGCUAGCAAAGUUUCCCAGACUUGGUGUCACCGAAGAUAUUGGCAAAUUGGAUAAUGAAAAUGAUACCAAGGAAGAGGCAGUGAAGGAGAUCAAUAUCAACACUCCUGCCCCAUCAUCUAUUUAUCUACCAAGUGGCCAGCGGAAGACCUGUUUCAUUACAGGCAAACCUGCAUUGUAUUUUGAGCCUCGAACUGGUAUUCCUUACAAUAGUGUUGAGGCGUAUAAGGUUAUUGACAGGAUCAAACAGGGUGAAUUUUCUUGGUGCACAUUCGAAGAUGGCAAAGGUGCUUACGUAUUUGCAAGACACGGUGAACCAAGAGCAGCUAAGGGUGUGCCUCCUGGUUUUUUGGAUUAG